AGGACUCGGAAUUCAGGAAUGCUCAGGUAGAGUCUUCCACACAUUUUAGACUAAGCGCUACAGUUGUUCUCCACAGUUGGCCCUGUCGUCGUAGAUGGUUGUCAUUUAGGUUCUCCUGUCCUUCCUUUAGUAAGGUAGGCUCCUGUGUCCUUUCUUUGGUCAGGAAGGCUCUCGUGUCCUUCCUGGCGUAAGAAUCACCCUGAAGUAGGAGGUAUCUGAGCAACCGUAGGCUGACACGAAUUGCCUAGCCAUCGGACUGCGAAGCUACUUUGAUCAUGCAGAUUAACGGAUAAGCUUGCAGGAGCGUACUUAGAAAUAUCUGGAGGAAGCUGUUGCUGCUAUAGAACUUCGCCAAGAUGUCGAGCUGGCUUUUCAGUAACCCGGGAUCGGGUUCUAAAUCUCCGGAACCGAAGCGAGAAAGGAAUCCGGAUCAGAUCAUUCAGUCACUUGAAGCGGAGCUUAAUGCGAAAGAUGUUAAAAUCUCGAACCUGGAGCAGCUCUGUACGAGGAAAUCUCAGGAAUAUAACGAUCUCAAGUCAGAGCAAGAUGCUGUCAGCCAGCAAAUGAGUGGGUUCGCCGACGCGAUAAGGACCAUGAAGGAGGAGUCUGCUCGGAGAUCUCAGGAGCUUCAGACCUCGGAGCGGGAAAAGGUGGACCUGAUGACGCAGCUCCAGCGUCGCAACGUGGAAGUGAAAGACCUUCAAGACGAGCUUGACGAAACGAAGCGGCUGAUGAGAGCGGCACAGGAGGAAGCCAACGCAGCGUUGGUUAAGGCGAAGCAGGAUGUGGAGAGCGAGCACACUCGUUAUCUUCAGGAGCACAAGAAGAGUGUGGAGAAACAGCGGGAAGCCGCUAUGGCCCAGGUCGACUUGGAAACCCAGAUCGACGCCUUGACCCAGCAGCUGAAGGAUCUGCAAGAGCAGGAGGAAGCGAAGGGUUCUGAGAACGCGGAACUGACCAAGAAGCUGAACGAUGCACGCACCGAGAUCGAGCGGCUGCAGCGCAGCGAGAAGGAGGCGAAGGCGACACGCGGCUUGCAGGUGGAGGUGGAGGACAUGAGAAGAGCGCUGGAAGAUGCGGAGUUCACGAUUCGCAACACCAAGCAGCAGCUCGCUGCUGCUGAAGCCAACGCUUCGCGCCUCAAGGGCCAGGUGGCUCAUCUGACCGUCAAGCUCCAGGACGAGCGUCAGGCGCGGGAGAAGCUGGAGGCGCAGAUGGAGCAGCUCGGCGCGGGAUCCGGCAGCGCGGAGCAACUGGCGGCAGCACUGCGGAAGGAGAACGAAGAGCUUAAAGCCCGGGUCUCCCUGGCCGACGAACGGGUUGCGGAAGCUCGUCGACAAGUGGUAUCGUUCGAGACGACGAUGGGGGAGCGCGCGGACCUGGAGCUGAAGGCGGAGAUGGCGCGCGCGGAGAAGGUGAAUGCGGAGAAGCGGGCGGCGGAGGCGGAAGCGGAGGCGAAGGCUGCGGAGGAUGAGGGGAGGCGGGCGGUGUGUGCGGCGGAGGAGAAGCUGAGGGGGAUGCAGCGGGAGAAGGAGCAGCUGGUGGGGGAGUUGGAGGCUGCGGUGAAAGGGAGAGACGCGGAGAAGGGGGAGCUGGAGGGGAGAAUCGCGGGCCUGGAGGCGGAAGUUGCGGAGAUGAGGCGCGAGACGGGGAGACUGCAUGAGGCGGCCAAGGAGGCGGCGAGGCAGAAGGAGGCAGAGAUGGAUUCGCUGCAGAAGGAGCUGAAUACGAGCGUCACUGCACUGGAGGAGGUGAAGCUGAGGUGCGCGGAGGCGGAGGAGGCUUUGCGAGCGGAGAAGGAGCGGAGGCACGCGGAGGUGGCGGCGGCUGUCGGUUCCGUGGAGAGGCGAUGCACGGAGUACGAGGAGAAGGUGGGGGGACUACUGAAGGCCGUUGAGGGGCUCGAGUCUGAGAAGGCGGAGCUGAUCGCGAAGGUGGAGCGCGGUGUGGAGGAGUACAGGAGGGUGAUGAAGCAGGCGCACGAGGCUGAGUUGAAGAAUGGAAGGAUUGAGAAGGAGGUGGGGAGGUUGGAAGAGGAAGGGGAGAGGACGCGGAAUGAGCUGGCUGUUGUGCGCGCGGUUAUGGAAGAUGCGGAGCAGCACAUGCAAGCGCAGGCGGAAGAGGCGCGCGCGCAGCUGCGCCAGUCGUCCGACGCGGCGAAAGAGGAGGCGCGGAAUUCGGGCGCGGAGCUUGAGGCGCUGCGGCGGGAGGUGGAGGUGCGGGCGAGGGAGGUGGCGGAGUUGUUGCAGAGGGCCGAAGAGGCGGAAGCUAUUGCGGCGAAGGAAGCGGAACGGAGGUCUGCGGAGAGCAACGUGGCGGAGAAUGUGCGGGCGAGGCUGGAAAUCAAGUGCGGAGAGCUGGAAGAACAGGUGGUGCAACUGCGAGGAGUGGUGGACGGGGAAGAGGGCGAAAUCGCAGCCGUGCUGGAGCGAGUGAGCGUGGCUGAGGCGGCUGGGAAGAAGGCAGAGAGGGACCUCUGGGAGAUGGAGGAGGCGAAGGGGAAGGCAGAGAAUGAGCUGGCGAGAAUGAGGGAGGAGUGCGAGAGAAUGGAGCAGGAGAUGGGGAUUCUGAGGGAGGUGGUGGAGGAUGUUGAGGGGCGCGUGAAGAGGGAGGCGCGGGAGGCGGCCGGGCUUCUGGCGAAGCUGAAUGUUGCAGAGGGGGAGAUUGAGGGGCUGAGGAGGGAAGCUGAGGAGGAGAGAGAAAGGGCUGGGGGUGCUUUGAGGGAGAAGGCGGAGGCGUGCAGGGAGGUGGAGGAGGAGCGGGAGAAGGUUGCUGGGCUGGAGCGUGCGGUUGAGGAGAUCCGAGAGACGCUUGGUGCUGCGACAGAGGCUGCAGAGAGGGAGAAAGCAGCGAAGGAAGAGGCGGAGGCAGAGAUUGGACGCAUGGAGAGGGAGAUAGCGCGGGAGAGGGAGGAUAUGGUGGGGAAGGUUGCGGAGCUGCAGGCGCAGGUGGAGAGGUUGAGUGCGGAACUGGAUGCUGCGAGGGAUGAGCAGCAGGCGAUGCAGGCCCGAACCGACCAGCUGCUGUGCGACGUUUCGCAGCUGUUGCACGCCAAGUCUCGCCUGGAAGCGGAGCUGCGCGAGGCUCAAGCGACGGUCGCUGAGAAGGAAGAGGCGAUGAGCCGCGCGGAGGAGCGGCUGGCGGAGAUGGCGCAGGAAGCGGAGGUGCUGCGGGGGGAACUGCGGAACGCGGAGGCGGAUGCGGAGAAGGCGGAGAGGGAGGCUGCGGAGGAGAGAGCUGGAUGGAAGGAGGCGGAAGCGAAGGUGGGUGAGUUGGAGGAGAAGGAGCAGCGGCUGGUGGGGCGAUACGACGAAGAGAUUCGAUCGCUUCAGGAGAAGAUGGAGGGGUUGAAGUGGGAGCUGGAAAUAGCGCAGGAGCGCCGGCGCGACGAGGCGGAGCAGCUGGCGGAGAGGCUGGAGGAGACGAGGGUGGCCCUGGAAGGCGUGAGAGCGGAGGAAAUGAGCGCUAGGGAGGAGGCUGAUAAGCUGAGAGGGGAGCUGGCUGCAGCGGUGCUGGCCACUGGAGCUGCAGAGAGGGAGCUUCAGGCGGAGAAGGCUGCGCGGGAGGGAGCGGAGGAGAGGGUUGAGGCGAUGGAGAGGGAGAGGGAGGCGAUGGUGAGUGAGCACGAGGAUGUGGAGGUGGGGCUGAGGGAGGCGGUGGAGAGUGGGAGGGAGGAGGCGGCGAGGGAGAAGGCGUGGAGGCAGAGCGAGGUGGAGGAGGUGAGGGGAGAGAUGAGGUCGAUUGUGGCGGAGCUAGAGGCGAAGGUAGCGGAGAUGGAGGCGAGGGAAGGGAGGAUGGAGGAGGAAGUGAGAAGGAAGGAGAGUGAGGUGGAGGGGCUGGCGGGCAGAGUGAAGGAGAUGGAGUGGGAGAUGAGGAGGCGGAACGAGGAGCAGCGGCAGGGGCUGAUAGCGGUGGUGCAGCAAGGCGUGGGCAGUGGGCAGGUGGGGGAUGCGCUGGUGGAGCGGGCUCGGGAGCUGCUGCAGAGGCUGGAGCAGGAGGGGGUGCGCGCGCAGCAGGUGUUGGAGAUGGAGGAACGGAUGAGGGAGCUGGAGGCCAGGCUGAAUGACGCAGAUGAGCAGCUUGCUGAGCUGGCGGAUAAGGAGGAACAGCUGUCGGCGUCUGAGUGGACCAUUGAGCGGAUGGGCGAGGAGCUGAAGCGCGCCAAGGAGAGCACUGAGACUCGCAAGGCUGAGCUGUCGCAGCUGCAGCACCAGCUGCUGUGCGCCGAGGCGACGCUGGAGGAGCGCGAGAAGGACGUGGAUGCGCUGAGGCGGAUGCUGGAGGAGUCCAACGGCAAGCGCUGGCGGCGAGCGCGGCAGAUCAAGCGCAUGGAGAGCGAGAUGAUAGCUCUGAGGGAGGAGCUGGGGCGGGAGAGGAAGCGCAGGCGGCCGGAAGGCGGGGAGGGCAGCGGAGAGGAGCAGGAGCGUGGGGGGACGCCCAUGCGCGUGGCUAUUGCAGGGACGUCCACCCAUACCCACUUGGCGAUUGGAGAGACGCCCCCACGGCUGGCGAUUGGAGUGGAACCCACACUUGGAGUGGCACCCCCACGGACGGGGGUGAACGAGACGCCGGUUCGCCUGGCGGUGAAUCCGGGGCAGAGUGGGUUGUAUGCGAGGAGGUACAGGAGCAGGGCGGCUGCUGUGGCUGCUGAGGGCAGGGAGGGGGUUCUGGAGAAGUGUGACACAACCGGGGGUGAGGGUGGAGGCAUGGAGGGAGCUGCAGUGAGGGUGUUUGAGUUCAAGUCUCCUGGGCGAUCUCCUGCUGCUGCUCGUGCUGCUGGUGUUGCCGCUGCUGCUGCAGCUACUCCUGCCAAUGCUACACCAGAAGCUGGUGCUCGAGCAGUGAUAGUAGCGGGCGAGGAGGAGGAGGAUGACGCUCCCAAGGCGCUGAACUUCGAUCAGGUGGAGCAGGAGGUGGCUGGCGCUGGGGUGCUGGAAGGCGGGAAGGUCGCUGCUGUGAAGAAGGACGAGGGUGGGGAAGUCGCUGUGGACAAUGAUGUGGGCGCGAAGGACGCUGGCGAAGCACUGCUUGCAGCCAUGAGGACCCAGUUCGAGCAGGAGGUGAUUGGGGAGGUAGUGGAGGGAUUGCAUGCGGAGGUUUCACGGCUGCAGAGGCAGCUGAGCGAGGCUGAGAGCAACAAAGCAGAGGUGGUGGAGGGUGAGAGGGAGCCAUCAAUGGUUAUCACGGAGCUUCAGCAGGAGAUUUCGCGGCUGGAGAAGCAGCUGAGCGAGGCUGAGCGCAGCAAGGCAGAGGCGAUCAAGGGGCUCCAUGAGGAGAUUUCUCAACUGCAGAAGCAGGUGAGCGAGGCUGAGGGCAAGCCUUCGCUCAAUGAAGAGAUUUCACGGCUGCAGAGGCAGCGGAGCGACGCUGAGAGCAACAAGGCAGAGGCGAUUGAGGGGCUUCAGGAGGAGAUUUCCCUGCUGCAGAGGGGACUGAGCGAGGCUAAGCAGACGCAACCAGAUGGAGAGGGAGAGCUCGCUGAGCAGGUUUUCCAGCUGCAGCAGCAGCUGAGGGAGGCUGAGACGAAGCAGGUUGAGGCGGAGGAGGAGGCGGGCAGGAUGGGGCUGAAGCUUAAGGUGCUUGAGAAGGAGCUCGCAGCUGCUGAGGGGGCGGUUAUGCAGGAGAGGAGGGGUGCUGCUGCGGUGAGAGCUGAGGUGUCUGGUUUGACCAGUGAGCGUGAUGGUCUGCUGCUCAAGGUGCUGGGGCUGGAGGAGCAGAUGCGGGCUGUUGGGGAGGAGAAGGGCGGAAUGGAUGGGAAGAAGGGGAAGGAGAGAGAUGCUGCGGAGAGGGAUGCUGCUGCGUUGAGAGCUGAGGUGGCUGCCUUGGAGAGUGAGCGUUAUGGUCUGCUGCGCAAGGUGCUGGGGCUGGAGCAGCAGGUGCGGGCUGUUGGGGAGCAGGGGGAAAUGGAGAAGAAGGGUGUGGAGAGUGGUGCUGAGAUGCAGCGGCUGGUGGCGGUUGUGGAAGAGAAGAACGCUGAGAUUGCAAGGCUGGAGGCUAAGUUUGCUGAGAUAACUGAGCGAAGCACAUUGGAGACUGGGGAGAUUGCUGUCGGUGAAGGGAAGGAUGAGCACGUGGGGGCAGGAAAGGAAGGGAGUGAGGACGAGGAGGCAGUGAGCAGCGGCGUAGUGGCUGGAGGUCAGGGCUUGGAAGGGGAAGUGAGCAGGCUGAAGGGGAUGGUAGGUGAGAUGAAACAGAGGGAGGAAUCGGCAAAGAAGACUGCAGCAGAGAAGGCUGCUCUGGCCCUGCGGCUGGAGGGGAAGCUGAGGAAGGUGGAAGGGGAGCUGAAGGAGAGAGAGGGGAAAGAGGCGCUGCUUAAGAGGCAGUGCAAGAACGCAGAGGGGGGGAUGGAAGCAGCGGAGCAGGAGGCGAAGGCUGCAGUGCUGGCGAAACAGCAGGUGGAAGCUCAGGUGAGAGCUCAGGUGGGGGAGAUUGCGACGCUGAAGAAUGCAGUUGAUGAGGCUGAGAGUGGGCGCAAGGAAGCAGAAGCAAAGCUGGCUGAAGCAGUCGGGCAGAUGAAGAGGCUUGAGGAGGAGCUGGAGGAGGUCCGGGCAGCAAAAAUUGUUCUGGAGGGUGAGAAAGGCGAGCAAAUGCAGCAUCUGGAAGCAGAACGGGAGCAGCUGAAGGCGAGGGUUGCUGAGUUUGAGCAGGAAAAGAAGGUGACUGCAAGCAGGGUGAGCCAGCUUGAGAAGGAGGUGGAGAGGCGCAAGCAGGGGGAGAAGGAGCUGAGGAAGGACAUCCAGAGGCUGGAAGCAGAGAAGGAUUUGAACAAGAAGCUGCUGGCUGCUAAGGAGAUCGGCGAGGGGAUUACGGCGCGUGGGGAGGGGAAUCCGAGCAUGGGGAUGAGCGGCAGGGCUGCGGCAUUUCAGCGCCCUGUGAGCGAGCCUGCUGUGGAGGAAGGGAUGGGUUCUGGGCGCUUUGCUCUGAAGUCCAGGGCAGGGGGCAAUGUGGUGGGGGUGGAGAAGAGUGGAAGGGGGGUUGCUGUGAACAAGAGGAUUGCUGAUCUCUCUGUUAAGUUUGGUGGUACCAGCCCUACCAAGCUUGCAAAACAGCAACGCCUUGCCUCGGUGACACGUGUGGAAGACUCGGUUGACAAGGAAAAUGCGGGGGUGUAGACGAGUGACGAGGCCUGCAUGUGAGCAUUGGGGUUAGGGUCAGUGGAGGGGGUGUGUGGUGGGAGGAGUCGGGGCAGACGGAGUAGCAAGAUUAGUUUGAAAUGGGAGUGGUUUGAGAGUCCAACAUGCAAUGGUAGGCGGAGGUCGUCGCGAGCCUACGAUGGAACAUCAACAAAGGUGGGUCUGGAUGGGGAUAAGCCACUUUGUCCCGAACAGGAGCUGCAUGGGUGUUGCUAGGUGUUCUUUGUGCCUCUUAUGCUGUUCUAAACAUUAACUAUCCACAUGUUUUUGUGCAUUUAUCAGUGUAGCAUUGGUAUGAUCUCAUAUAAGCAGUUACACGUCCGC